AUGCUCGACGCACACACCAGCAUCACCUACUCGAAACUAAGGAAUCCCGUGCCGGGCUGCAAGAGAUUCAAGCACAGCAGGGAGCUGGUGAUGGUCGAGACGUCGCUGGUGGACCCGACCACGGUGGUGUGCGUGGCCACGUCGCUAAGGGAGGCUGCAGACGACCCGGGGUAUUUGCGCAGGACCCAGGGAAUGAAGCGCGCCGAGUCGCAGCUGUGGGCGUGGUGCGUGGAGGUGGUGGGCGGGCGCGGGCGGGUGUGUGUGGAGAUCACGUGCUUCCUGCACCUAUCGCUGGGGUCGUGGCGCGGCAGCAACGCAUUGGCUUGCAGUGCGUCGGCGCAGCUGGUUUCAGCGCUGGUCGGGUUUGUGCGGGCACGGCGGGCGCCGCCGCGGCUGGUGCGGAUGGGAGUGCACGUGACCAUGGACCGUCGCGACUGGGCCAAUGGCGGCUGGGAGCUGACAUACGCGAUGGCAGACGCGGGCCCGCCGGUGAUAGCACGGCUGGCCGGGCACGCAGACUCGCUGUCGGUGUACCUAACGGACUCGCUGCAGCGGCAGGGCAAGCACGGCGGGAUCGUAAGGGAGGGCGAGGCCGAGGCGGCGGUCGUGGCCAGGGCGCGACUGGAGGACUCGGUGGUAGAGUUCCAGGUGGAGAAAGGAGAGGUGCUGGUGGAGUUCCAGGUCACGGGAUUCGCCACCCCGCAGCAGGUGUGGCAGGCGGUCGAGGAAAUGCACCGGAUGGCGCCCGAGCUGUUCACCGAGCGGCAGCUGGCGCUGACGCCCGAGGAGUUCCAGCGCGGGCGCCGGCGGGCGCGUGGUAUGCGGGCUCUGCAGGAGAUGAAGGACGCGGCGGAAUUUGCCGGGCGGCAUUUCGUGCAGUGCUUCCGAGUCCAGCAGAGGUAUCUGGUCAGGAUUGUGAAUCCGCCGGUUGCUGAGCCGGCGUACCGGGUCACGGUGGUGGUCAGGAGGGGCGAGGGCAAUCAGGGCGUAGUGGUGAAUGGCGAGCUGGUGGAGGUGCGCGAGGCCGUGCCGGAGAUUGAUGCAUUCAAGGCCAGGCCCGGCAGGCCGCGGAUGCCAGUCCCCGAGAUGAUCAGAGAGACAGAUACGACGGCACAGGGGUCGCGUGAGCCAUCGGUAGGCAGUACAGUGGUGGGCCUGGAGACACAAGGCGAUCAGGAGACGCAAGGAGAUCAGGGGACGCCAGAGUAUCAAGAGACCCCACCAUCGCUUGUAGACCCAGUAUCGGAAGACUCACUACCGGAGGACUCAGCGCCAGAAGACUCAGCGCCAGAAGACUCGGUGCCAAGUGAUCCGCAGCCAGUAAAUGAUGCUCCUCCACUUGUCCGGCUGCGGCAGGCAGUGCAAAUAGCAUCAUCGGCGUGGGUGUCGCUAGGGACAAGCGCAUCAGGCGGGAUCACACUGUCCAAGACGGAGACGGACGUGGAGGGGCUCUCGGGCCCGAUUCUACGCGCAUCGGCAUCAAUCUCAGGGUGGACGAUCUUUGACGUAUUCAGCGUGCUGGCGAGCCCCGGGGCUUCGGGCUUCUGGGACGAGACGCAGGAGAUCCGGCAGUUAUCCGCCACCAGCACAUUGCUGCGUCAUGGAAACACAGGGACGUGGGCUCGGGCAGCGCGCGACGCGGUGGUGUGCCGGGCGUGGACAACGAACCACCGCAGCCGGCUCGAGCUGGCUGAGUGCUCGGUGGAGGAAAGUGGGGAGCUGCCCGAGCUGCAGGCUUCGGAGCCGGUGCGCGCCCACGUGGGGCUGUCGGCGUGGGUGGUGGAGAACUCGACGCUGGCGCGGGCGCUGGGCAGCGAGCGGAUGAGCAUCGGCGGCCAGAAGGCAGUCGGCGAGCCCCGCCGCCAGGCGGUGGUGCGGCUGACCCAUUACCAGCAGAUGCGGCCCGGCGGAUGGCUGCCGCAGCUGCCCAUACACGCCCGGGAGGCGGUGGAGCGCAACAUCACAUGUCUGGUCCAGCACCUGGACAAGCACGGCGCCCCGCCCGCCGUCGUGUGGACGCGCAAUGCGCGCGUCGCCAUGUCAACCGAGGGAGACUCGGUUCAGUUCAUUGUGCAAUGCGCGUCCGGUGGGCCGAGCGAAAUCGAGCUGCGCAUUGAGCACCGCGUGUGGGCAUAUGGCCUGCAAGGCGAGCAUACUGAGCCGGCGGCAGUGGAGCUUCAGGCAGAGCCGUUUUUCAGUGACUCGGAGAUCGCCUGCUUUGUCGACCCGGAGGCUGACCCGCAUGCCACGCGUGUGCGUGUGCGGCAUCAGCGCACGCAGUCGGCCAGCAUAAGUGUUGUGCGGCGGUGCGUGGCCGGUGUGGCGGGCAGCCGGUCGUCGCUGGUGGUGCCGACGGAGCCCGGCCCGGCGCUGGUGGGCCCGUGGUCGGUGCCGCCGCGCGUUACUGUGAAUGGCGCGGCGGCGCGCGUGCGGUAUCUCCGGCGGGACACCGAUCCGAUGCUAUACGCGCAGUGCCAGUCGGUUUCCGUGGCUGACCGGCAGCGGAUUGUGCGUGGCGGGCCUGUGGAGCCACUGCCCAGCGACACCGCCAGCGACACCACCAGCAGUGCUGGCAGCGGGCCGCUGCUGAUCCGCAACUACUCGAUGGGCAGCGGGGGAGUGGAGGCAGGCGACUACAUGCGCAUGCAGGUGGAGCGGUUCGCUGAGCUGCGUCGCGAAAUCUCCGACAUGGGCGAGCCGGCCGACGAGAAGGCGUCGCUGCGGACUGCCAGCAUGUGGGCGUGGAAGCCGGGCAAUGUCUACGAGCGCAUCGUCGAGCCACUGCAUGAGGAGGUGCCGGUGACUGUAGCCGUCAGUGUCCUGCAGGGGGUCUCAGUGGACAUGGCCAUGCAGGCGUUGCGGCAGCGCCAGGACUGGGACGCGGUGCUGUUUGCCUCGUCACGUGCGGUGGAGCACUUGGGCAGCGUCGCAGUCAGCUACGCACGUCUGCACGUGCCAUUGCUGUGCGGCCGCCGCGACGCCCUGACAGUGUCUGCAAUGCAGCGCGAGCAGUUCCAGGCCGGGAAGCCAGACUAUUUCAGCCAGACCGCUACGUAUGUGGAAGCCAGUGUGCCGCAGACGCUGCCGCUGCAGACGGCUGUGCGCGCGCACGUGGCCCUGUAUGCCGUCCAUGUAUCGCCCAUUGACGCGGUCGAGCGCAUCCAAAGCAAUAUUGCGUAUAAUUCCUGCCGCGUCACUGUUGCGUGCUGCGUGGACCUCGCCGGUAAUGUGCCGCUGGCGCUGCGUCGCUCUUACUCUGCCGCAGUGCCUCUCUUGCACUUGGCUGCAUUGCGUCAGGCCGCGGGCCAGCCAGCAAUCCCGCGGCUGGUAGCGCCGACGCGCGAACUGCGGCUUGGCCCAGGGUAUUCGGUGGUGGCCGAGGUCAGCGACGAUGACGGGUUGGUGCGCCGCGAGUUUGAUGCAAAUCGCGUAAUUACUGAGGACUUCGAUAGUGACGCAAGGAAAUACACGGCUGUGGUUGAGGCUGGCCUGUGCUUACACAAGCAGGAAAGCGAGUCGGACUCCGAAACGCCCGUCCCGGUCCUUGCCGAUAUCCUCGUGCAUACGUGCAUGUACCCUUCCGGAUACAAUGUGCUGGCGCAAGUGGAUGGCGAGCCAGUCACGGCCACUUGCGCGCCAAUCAGUCUGCGCGUGCUGGAGAUAAGCAGUCAGCUAAGCCUGGUGCGCGUCACCGGAGAUAGCAGCUGUCACGAGUGCUCUAUCGCGAUUGAGCCGGCGCUCUCCGGCGUGCUCUGCCAGGGCCAGCCCGUGCAGCUCCGCCCACUGCGCGACCCACGCCAGUCCCUACUUCACAUCGAGACUACUGUUGGCUGUCUGCGAGUGUGCGAUUCCUGCGGCGAUCUCGCCUGCACCUGUCGGAAGCCAGAGGACAAGUCCACUGAAAAUAGCCUGCGCCAGCGCAAGCCCGAGCCACAGCCCCUGGCUUUGCCGCCGGUCCCGCCGCAUCCGCCGCUGCGUCACCGUGCCGCGGUGGUUGCGCUUUUCGCGCUUUCCUUUGCCGUCUUUUUGCCUGUGCGUCGCCUUGUGAUUGGAUCGACAUCCAUUGAGCAGCUUUUGGUGAGUCAGGCCGGGGAGCCGCCCAAACGAGUAAGGAAGUCGACCGCUGCUCUCCUGCUGCUGGUCAGUGUCGCCGCACUUUGUGUCACCACCGGGCGCUGCCUGGCUGAUUUGGUCUACGCCCAUGCCCUCUGCCAAUAG